UCGACUAGUCCCCUUCUGACCUUUUUUUUUUGGUCCCUCGACCCAACAUUCCGUCGACAUCACUUCUUCUAACAGACUCAUUGCAACCACCGACACUACAACAAUGAGGUGGUCAGCUGUGAGAAGACCUGGAAUCUUCCUUCCACCCAUCAUCACCCUCGUUCUCUGUACUCUCCUCGUUCCAACCGACCGAUACACCAGACAACGAAUCGACGAAUUGGCAUGCGACGCUGCAACCGAGGCCUCCUCGCUUCCCAAAGUCCACCUGUUCUUGCCCAUCAACAAGGCCAGUGCGGAGAAAAAUGAUCGAUUCUGCAAGGCUAUGGAGAGCGCCAUCGUCAAUGGCUGGGAACCCAUCGUUUACAACUGGGAGCUGAAUGGGGACAGAUCCCACAUGCUCAAGAGCAAGGUGUACGGAUUCUCCAGACUACUGAACUCGUCAGCCGUGACACAACAUAUUGCGGAAGAUGAUCUCGUACUCCUCAUUGACGCUUUGGACGUCUGGCUUCAACUAUCACCGGCUGUGACAGCUAGCCGGUUCCUUGGGUUCGAUUCGGAGAUCGUCGUGGGUGCGGACAAGGUCUGCUAUCCAAAUCCAAAGAACGGGCCCGACUGUGCUGCUGCACCCCCCUCACCUCUACCUGAGGGUCUCUUCUUCACCGAGGACGAUGAGAGCAAGCCAAGGAAUUUUGGACACGCGAGUAGUGAUCGACCGAUACAUGCCAACAGUGGAACGGUCCUUGGCAGAUUUUACAAGAUGAAAGAGCUGUAUGUCAAGCUCAUGGAUCUCAUGGCCAGCGAGAGAUAUAAGGACUACAGGUCUGAUCAAGGUCAGUUGCGAUCAGUCUGCUCUUGAUUGUCCCCGGCACAACCAUUGAUCGUUCUAUUCAGGCGCCUUCAAUAUGCUACUUGGCGACGGCUAUCUCAAGGUCGACC